CAGUCGUCCCAGAGGCCAGAACUUCUAACAGAAUGCUGCUGUGGGUCCUACUCAGUGUGUGCUGCCUGGUUGCAGCUCAGCAGCGCAGCUCGUCUUACUCUGGAGAAUAUGGCGGCGGUGGCGGCAAGAGGUUCUCCCACUCAGGGAACCAGCUGAACGGGCCACUCACAGCUAUUCGCAUACGGGUGAACCGCAACUACAUUGUGGGGCUACAGGCGCGCUAUGGCACGGCAUGGAGUGACUAUAAAGGGGGCAGCCUGGGAGAUUUAGAGGAAGUUUUCUUGCACCCCGGGGAGCACAUAAUCCAGGUCUCGGGCAAGUAUUCCGUCUACAUGCGCCAGCUGGUGUUUGUCACAAACAAGGGUCGCUACUUCAGGUUUGGGAAGGACUACGGAACCAGUUUCAACGCGGCGCCCCUCUUCCCCAACACCGUGCUGCGCUUCUUCAGCGGGAGCUCCGGGUCCGUCAUCGACGCCAUUGGCUUCCACUGGGACUACUCCUCCAGCGGCUGCACCCACUGCAACAAGUGAUCCCGCCGAGCCCACCCCCUGCCUGCAGGACUGGCAUUCCCUGUGUAAUUCAUUUAUAUAUGAUUAUAUAUUCCCUGCGCUUCUGUCAGCGCCCCCUGCUGUACAUCACACACAUUGCAGAGUCUCCCCUGAGAUACAUUCCUGCCCCCCAGCAUCCGCCUCCGAUUGCCUUAUCCUGCAUCUCAAUGUAACUCACCCAAAUGCUUGCAAUUAAAUCUUUAUCCCGAG